AUGAGCGCCGUGAUGGCCUUGGGAGGUGCUGAUGCCACAGGCUGCUCGCUGGAUGCGGUCCAUGUGAUUGACAAAGGCUCCUUCACCUGGACCGCCCUGCCGCCCUUGUCCACACCACGUCAAGCGCUGGCGUCCGCAGCCACUGGUGGCCAUGUCUAUGCGCUGGGGGGAUCCUGGAGCGCUACACGGAGCAGUGUAGUGGCGACGGUGGAGAUGUUUGAUGUGGGAACUGAGCAGUGGGUGGAUGUGGCGCCUUUCCAGGUGCCGCGCGCGUACCAUGCCGCGGCGGCGCACGAGGGGCGGAUCUACGUGGUGGGUGGCCUCAACACCGAGGGUCGACGCCUCAAGAGUGUGGAAUGCAUGGACCCACGCGAAGGUAUUUGGCGCCCGGCACCCAGCCUCUUGAGCCCCCGCAGUGCUUUGGCCACUGCUGUGCUGGACGGGCUCUAUGCCCUAGGCGGUGCCGAGGCCAACACCGGCGCGGCCUCCGCGCGGGUGGAGCAUUUGAACGUGCGCAUGGGCUCCUGGAUGUCCGUCUCACCCAUGCCCACGGCUCGACAAGGCCUCGCGGCCAGCGCCUUGGGCGGCCGCCAUGGGGUGCUCUUGGCCAUCGGCGGGCGCCGAGGUGCCGCCUUGAGUGCGGUCGAGCGCUAUUGGCCCCAUAGUGCCGCCGCUCCGUGGGCUACGGACUGCGCGCCGCUGCCCUUCCCGUCGCGCAGCGCGCUGGCGGCCGCCGCGCUGGACGAGCAGACUCUGUUGGUGCUGGGCGGCCAAGCGGACCGCGGCAGCACAGCACCCAGCCCGCUCAGCGUGGUCGAGCGCUACGAGCUCCACGCAUAG